AUGCUCGGAAGGCCCUUAUCAAUUCAUUUACUCCUGGUGUCCAUCUCUAUGGUGGCAUGCCUUGAGCAUAUCAAUCCGAGUCCAGACGAGGCAACUGUAUUCUCCUUGGUUUAUGGCUAUCCACUGGUUUCAUAUGCCACAUUUGCCCUCCGAACGCUGGCCAGGCUGAAUUCAACCAAUAGCUUCUAUCAUUUGCGAGAGCUGACAACGCCUGAAACUACAGCUGUGGUGCGACCCAAUGUUGACACCCUGUAUUCGGCGGCUAUCCUUGAUCUGUCACAUCAGGAUCUCAUUCUGGACGUUCCUGUUGUUGAUGAGCGGUUCUGGGUAUUCCCUUUCUAUGACGUGUAUGGCAAUAACUAUGCAAACCUCGGUACUGUCUCUAAUAGCUCUGCCGGCAAGUACCUAUUGCGUUAUUCGCCGAGCAGUAACGAGACAGCUGGGGUACAGCUUUGCGAUGAGACGCAAUCUGAGGCGUAUGGGGACUGUAGAGGUCUUAGAGGAUGGAUUAAUGCGCCUACUCCUUAUGGUGCUAUCCUUGCACGACUUGUCCUUAAGAAUAACGGAACAGACGUCGAAAAAAUACAUGCUAUUCAAGACCAGAUCCAGAUAGCUACGAUACCGAGGGAGCGUGCUCAGAAUAUCCCGCCGCUAACGGUCCCUAUGCUGAACUCAUCUCUUUCUUCGGACCCGGCUACCAGAGUCAUGCAGAUGACAGCACGCUUUGCACCACACAACCCGCCGCGCAACCUUUCCGACCUUGCUAGAGUGAAGCGCAACCUCAACGCGGCCGGUAUCCGGGACGGCAUUUACAGAUCCCAAGUUCGAAACCUCACAGAAGCCGCUGCCACUGCAGCCGCUACUAUUUCGAAAGCUUUUACUCUUCCUGCCAAUCAUAUUGACUUGAAAAACAAAUGGCAAUCCGUCUCUGAUACCGCACAGGGCGACUAUAACACGAACUAUGAGAUGCGAGCGUUUGUAACUGGUUGGGCAUACCUUAUCGUGGAUGCAACCGUGGCUUUGUAUCCAAUGUAUGACCCGACGGCGAGUAGUUCGGUUCACGAAUUGGGUGCCAACGAGGCAUACGUCUUCACCUUCAACAGGAAACCUCCACUCGCUAAAAAAGGCUUCUGGAGCCUGACAUUAUACAACGCGGAUACGUUUCUCAUUGAAAACCCACUGGAUCGGUAUUCCCUUGGUGAUCGAUCGAACCUUACUUACUCCGAUGGCAUACCUGUGUAUGGGGAGGAUGACCGGGAUGAGCCUUUCCAGAUUCUCAUCCAGCCAGCCGAUGUCGAACCCCCUUCUAAUUGGACAUCUAACUGGUUACCGGGACCACCUGGUGGGGGGCAGAUUGACAUAAAUCUUCGCUUCUAUGGCCCGGCCGAUGAACUGCAGGACGGGUCUUGGGAAUACCCAGUAGUGAAGAAGCAGCAGGCGGUCUCUAGUGCCGGUGCUCGGAUAUAG